AUGGAAUUACAAUCUCAAAAUAUUGUGAAGGCCAUCGAUCAUAAGCUCCAUGCGGAAAGGAGUGGUGAGCUCAUACGCUGGAGGCAACUGACCAACAUGUUGUGUAAUACUGUCUUCAUUCUAAUCCCAUUCUUCCUUGACGCAUCCGAAUCACCGGCUACCAGUAUCGCUUUGGCACCAAUUUGGCCCUGGCCGCCGUUCCAGCAUUCCCAGUACACCUUGCCUCAUAAGGAUCCGGCUUGCGGCACAUACAUAAACACUGAGGCAUAUUGGGAGGUGGUGCGAAACAAGGUGCCGAGUGAUCCCGACGAUACUUGCUGA